CCGUGUUUGGGUCUCCACUCUUAAUUUUCUUUGGGAUCCAUCGGAACUUAUUGUUGUGUCUCCAGCAAGACGCCAGCAUUGCACAACGGGAAAUUUAAUGUAAGAGCCAAUACUCUAAUGCAAGAGUAGGUCCAGCUAAKCAUAGCGCCUGCCAGUCRAGUAUCACAAUAACCCUUCCGGAAAUCGAACGAUAYCACCAUGAAGAUUCGACUUCCCUUGCCUUUGGUCGGCAAGAGCGACAAGGAUGGCAUUGGCAUUGGUACCGUYCAUUCCUCCGAUGAUAUGAGCUGCUCGAGCGGCUCGAGCGAGAAAAGUUCGUUAUCUCGCCGCUCCUUUUCUUUAUCUCCGAGAACUAGUAGAUUGAGGGGYAGGCCGAAACCUAGAUCCUUCCGAGAAGAGUCUACGAAGACGACCRCAAGCCCAAAGAUAACAGGCGCGAACACCGACACGAAGAAUAUUCAAUCGCCGGGAAAGAAGCCGGCCAUCAUUAAGCGCUUGCAGAAAUCGUGUAACGCUAUUUUGAAUAAUUCGAACAACCACCAACGAAAGAGCAGCAUGCAUCAAGGGAAAGAGAAUGCAUUUCCAUCUUCCAAUAGCACGCAUAGUAGCGUAGACUCUAUGACUGUAUCGCUCCCAGACAUUGCUUUUCCUCUGCCUUCAUCUGCCACUCGUCCCUCACCAAGUGAUCGAGUGAUGAAUACCAAGAAAGCAGGAGCACGAUUUCCAAAAGGAAAUAACGGAAAGCAACGAACGAAGGCGAUGAAGAAGUCGGAAGGCAAUAAAGUCACCCAGGACAAACAGACGACCAAGAAAAACAGCAUCGAUACAGAAAGUAAUUGUAACGAAGAUCAAGAUGAYAGAUACUCGCCGACGUCAGUAGCUACUGCAAACUCUCUGCUUCCUCCUCUCUACGAUAGUGAUGAGGAAGAAGAGAUGAAUCAAUUUACGGAAGUUGAAGAUGAUAUCAGAUACGAAUCUAGAUUUGUUACAGACAAAAAAACUGCCUCAAAUAAUCAACGCAAUGUCGCUAGUAGUCAUACCAAGGUUAGUGUUGCCGGUAUUUCGUCCGGGGACACGCAGAGUAAGGGAACGAAGAGCUGUAGUUUAACACGAUCGGGAGGGAAAUCUGUGUCAAGCUGCAAAUCACUCGAGGCUGUGAAGUAUGUGGCUGACGACAGUGAUGAUGAUGGUACUGGUACUGGGGUUGCCGCCGGGAAAUCAAAAAUGGUCCCUCCAAAAGAAGUUGUUGCCAUUACUUCGACUCUGAAGAAACCAAAGAGAGAACAAAGUAAUCAAGGGGGUAUCGCUGUAUCUCCAGACAAGAAUGGGAUUGCCGACAGCGGUUUUGGAAAAGAUUGUAGAUAUGAUGUUGCGGAAAUAGAAGACGAUGAAAAGAAAAUAGCUCAAGAUCUCGCUGUGAAACUUGUUCGCGACCUUGAAGAGGUACGAGAAGAGAGUGAGCGAUACGCGUCAAAAAACCGUCGCUUAGAAUCAAAGUUCCAAAAACUCAAGGCUCAGCAAGAYGAAAACAUGAUACAUCGCGGUAGACUUGUCAAGGCUUGCCUUUACACGUCGCCUGUAUUCCUUCUAUGUGGCGGUCUAGAUGCCUUCUUGUCCACUAUCCUGCUUGUAUGGGUCUUGGUCGAAGUAGAUGGCUACCUCGAUCUUUCUGACGAGGCAUUGGAUCGAGAAGAGGAUGAAGGCAAUAGCGACGGCGAGGAUGGAGACGACUCAGACGACGAUGUCGAUGACUUGGAUGAUAAUUCAUCCAUGUCACUGUAGAAAGAAACARCGACGCGCACGGCAAUAAGAAGSAGGGAAAUUUAGUGCUUUGUCGCUUGGGAUUUCCAUAAUUGAUCAGACAAGAKCUUCCUCUGGUUUCUUUUCCUCGUCUUCUUUUUCGGCAACACCAAUUUCAGUCUCCUUCAAAAUGCUGUGAUUGGCAAGGUAUUAUCAUCAAAGUCGCCYGAUCGAAAACGUUUUGGUGGCUUAAUUAUUUUUUGUAGAACGGGAUUACUAAAWYMAMMWUYYUWWU